CCAGCCUCAGGGCGUGCCAACUUCAGCAUCCUCUCUCAAGUUGUCAAUGACGUGUACCUGCAUUUAAAGAAUUAGAAUAUCUGCUGUCAUUCCAAAUGAUAGGGGAGACCCAGCCCUGUGGAUUUCAAGGUUCAGGCAAAAUAGUGUAAAAAGCUUGUAGCCGUGGAUAGUGGCGGUGCCGCUACACAAUCCGACACCUUAUCAAUAUGCGACUUUUACUGCUCGUCAUUUGGUUCAGAUCUCACGGGAGUUGAGCGACUCAUCAGGAUCUAUCAUCUUCACACCGAUUGAUCGAAACCAGUGUGAUUUUAUAGCACUCAAGGAAAACAGGAUUGUGGUAUUGAGAUGUUCGUCGGUUGCGUCGGGAGCCCGUUUCCGUUGCUUGAGUUGGGUUGCUCUACUUGUUGCAAAUCUGAGUCUUAGGUUGUCUCCUCUGCCUCCGAUCGAGUUCAACAGUUGAGGUCGUGUAGAAUUUAAGUUCAGAGAAUGAUUGAGCUGUUUGUUGUAGCCUUAAACUUGCACAUUAGCUCUUAGAUAUUGUCAGAACGGUUUCCUUCAAGGAUUGCGCACUUUGCAGAGCGAAGUUCCACAAUUUUUCCAGGUUAAACACUCAAACCUGAGGACAUACAAUCAUUUCGACUCAGUCAUUCUUUUUGAGUGAUUCAUUGUUUGUAGAAGCACGGGAGCGACUCUAGUUGCUUCGGAAUGGCUUGAAUGCAACAAUGUCUGCAGCUGAUCGACCUCCAAGAUUUCAACAUCUGUUGUGAGGUGCGCCUGUUUUCCUAGUAAAAAAUCUACAGGGAAAGAGUGCGUUUAAGAUGGAAGAGAAGCAGAUCAAUGGCCGCAAGGUGUGGGAAUCAGCAAAGCCUUUCGUGUUCGGGGGCCUUGCCGGAAUGAUGGCCACUUCUAUAAUUCAACCCCUUGAUUUUUUCAAGGUGCGAUUGCAGCUGAUUGGGGAGGGAACCAUGGUGGCGCAACCUUCCGUGCUUAACUUGGCACCAACUAUUAUCAGAAAUGAAGGAGUGCGCAUCAUGUACACUGGCCUCUCAGCAGCGCUUCUUCGGCAGGCAACGUACACCACUGCACGAAUGGGGAUUUUCAGGUCGAUGAGUGAUGCAUUGUCACAAGAUGGCCAACCGUUGCCCUUCUACAAGAAAGCUGGCUGUGGACUGGUUGCAGGAGCUCUAGGCUCCUUCGUCGGCAAUCCAGCAGAUUUAGCACUGCUACGCAUGCAAGCUGAUGGUUCUCUUCCUCUUGAGCAGCGUCGUCAUUACAGAAACGCACUGCAUGCAUUGCAGCGAAUUGUAAAAGAGGAAGGAGUAUUACGGUUGUGGCGUGGAGCAGGGCCGACUGUCACAAGGGCUAUGGCUGUCAAUGUAGCCAUGCUUGCUACGUAUGAUCAUGCAAAGGAGGCCAUUAUCAAACACUGGACCCAUGAAGAUUCGUUUGCGACGCAAGUGGGGGCAAGUUCAAUUUCUGGGUUAUCAAUAGCUGUCUUCAGUUUACCGUUUGAUUUUGUUAAGACGCGAAUACAGAAGAUGAAGCCCUUGCCUGACGGUUCCAUGCCAUACCACAAUUCAGUUGAUUGUGCUCGCAAGGUACUGAGACAUGAGGGGGCUUGGACCUUCUACAGAGGCUUUUCGACAUACUACGCACGCUGCGCCCCACACGCUAUGCUCGUCCUGCUCUUCAUGGAGCGCUUACAGCUAGCUGCAGGAAAAAUUGGUCUAUGACAUAUUUUCUGUGGUUUACACGCCAUGCAAACACAAGUUGUAUAUCCACCAGAUUAACCCACAGGACCAUAUUAUCUGUAUUGCCUAAUUAUGUGCCGAUUGUUAACAACGAUAACAUGAUUAGGGCUCAAAACCGAAUGGUUAGUAUCCUGUUUAAGAGUUUUAAAAAAAACAUUAUUGGAGACCGCACCAAAUAAUGGUUAAUUUAUCAGUCUGAUGGAAGCGCCUCCUCGAAGGCAUGGUGUUUGGGAUUUGCAAGUAAA